GUAGAAAUCGGUAACUCAUUUGAUAUACAUCUAAACCCGUUUGAUGUCUUUAUGCAGCCUGAUCCACUAACCGAAGCCUUAGAAUCUGUAGUUGGUGGUGAUAAUGAUCAGUUCGGGGGACGGUUACAAGCAGCAGAGCUCGACGCUGAGUGGCCUGAUGUGGAAUCUCUGAUCAAAGAGCUGGAAAUGGUUGAAGGAAUCCAAUCAGUUUCAAAAAGUCGAUUCUUCUUGAGCCCGGGCCUUGCUCCAACGUUUCAGGUUUACAUGGCUCCAAUGUUUGAGAACCAAUACAAAUUGCUUGCUCGAGCUGGACAUAGAGUACAAGAGUCCGCAACGCGUCCCGCUCUGUUUCCCAAACCCUCGGAUUCUGGCGUCAUCGCUCGUCUUCGAUGGACGACAAGGGCUCUUUCUACAACGGAAUCUGCUGAGACGGCGGCGACGACAUCGGUCUUUUUUAGCAAAGACAACCUCAUGAGCAGGGUGAAUAGCCUUCACAAGGAAGGCAAACAUGAACUCGCCCUACAUCUCUUUGACUCUAUGGAUGCGAAGAAGGUUGAAUUUACUCCCUCCGAGUUUGCACUUUAUAUUGAGAUCCUUGCUAAGGUCAAAGGCUUAGGAUGUGCUUUUAACUACUUCAAAAAAGCAGACCCAGACUUCAACAAUCUAGACCAUCAUGCCAGGAAUUGGCCUGCCUACGCCACGCUCGCGCGUCUGCACUGGGAACACCUCAGAAAAGCUGGGCUAAGGCUACUCACCCUUUCUUGUGAUGACGAGUCUUCUGGGAGCAAACUCCAUGCGAAUAUGAAGCGCAUGGAUAUCACUGCGCCCCCCGCCCCGAAACUGACCCACAGCACAGCGCCCAUUCGCUUUGGGGGCGGGAAGGCUAUUUCCGUUCGUGGUGCUUACCGACUAAGUUCUAGGGGUUUGUGUCUUAAUAAUGAAUAAAGACGACUAAGUUCUAGCGGUUUGUGUCUUAAUAAUGAAUAAAGCAGGUUCUUUUUU